GGUUUUGGGCUCCUGGCCCCCUGCACCAGAUAAAUAGCUCUGCCUGAGCGGCGAGGGGCAGGCGCCGUCUGCGAACACCGCAGCUCAGGACCCCCCCAGGCAAAGGCACCCCCAGGGUCCCCUCCGCCGAAUGCCGACGCCGAAGACCGGCCACCUCCGACCCUCGCGGCGUGAGCCCGCCCUGCCUCUGCCCCCAGGGACGCCCGGCCGUGCCCGGGGUGCUGCCAUGCCCCUGCCCCGGUGCCUCAUCCUCCUGGCCAGCCUUGUCCCGCCAGCCCUCGGCUCGUGGGGGGUCACCUACCCCGAGUCCCUGCAGGGCGUCAGGGGCUCCUGCGUGGUGGUUCCCUGCACCCUGAGCUACCCCGCCGACGUGACGGCCGGCGACGGCAUCAUAGCCAUCUGGUACAAGGACUACGAGAACACGAAGACGCUGGUGUACCACACGACAGCCCAGGAGGUGGAUGCUCGCUUCAGGGGCCGCACUCAGCUCCUGGGGGACCCCGCCGCUCGUAACUGCACCCUGCUGCUGCGGGGGCUGACGCCGGAGGACAGCGGGCCAUACAGGUUCCGCUUUGAGAUCAUCAAUGGCGACCGGUGGUCGGCGGCGCGGGACGUGAUGCUGAGAGUUUCGGAUGACCUCGAGCGCCCGAGCAUUUCCACCAGCGAGGAGCAAACCGAGGGGCAAACGUCCACCUUGGAGUGCUCCACACCCUACAUCUGCCCGCCGGGCGACGUCGCCCUGCGCUGGGGGGGCUACGACCCCCAGGUCUCGACAGUGUCCGAAUGGGUCCAGCUGGACACGAGCGGGGUCAAUCACCACAUGACCCUCACCACCUCCUUCUCCUGGAAGGACCACUCCAAAAAGCUGCUCUGCCAAGUUUCUUACGGCUCCAGGAAGGAGGCCGGGGAGGUCGUCCUACGGGUGAGACACGUCCCUAAGGACACCCAGGUGUCGAUCAGCCCCCCCGCGCAGAACAUCCGCGUGGGCGACACGGUCUCCCUCACCUGCGAGGUGAGCAGCAGCUACCCCCCCAUCUCGGCGUACCGCUGGUACAAGGACGGGGUGGCCGUGGGCAGCGAGCAGAUCCUGACCCUCCGGGGCAUUCGCCGUGAGGACUACGGGCAGUACCGCUGCGAAGCCGAGAACACCCUCGGAACUGGCGUGGCACCUGCCGUGACGCUCUACAUCUUCUCUGCCGAGAUCUCCGUGAGCCCCGCGGCCGAGGUGCGGGAGGGGACGGCCACCAGCUUGUCCUGUGACGUCCCUGGCAGGGAGGGUCAGGACCUCAACUACACCUGGUACAAGAACAGCGUCUGGCUCAAGGACGGCACGGCCCACGUCCUGCUCUUCCACCACGUGGCCGCCAGCGACGCCGGCUAUUACUCCUGCAAGGUGAUGAACGAGCGGGGCAGUGACACCUCCCCGGCCGUCAGCCUCAGCGUGACAUACCCCCCCCGGACCCCCACCGUCACGCUCUUCCAGGAGACACAGGGCGGCAGGCUGGCCAUCAUCCGCUGCGCCGUGGACAGCCACCCCCCGGCCGCCAUGGCCCUUUACCGCGACGGCACCUUGCUGGCGGCCAGCGGGUUGCAGGCGGCCCCGCGCCAACGGUUCAGCGUCACCACCUCCCGCAACGCCCUGCGGCUGGAGAUCCGCGGCGCGGGGCCGCAGGACAGCGGGGAGUAUCGCUGCACCGCCAGCAACGCCUACGGCAACGCCAGCGCCGCCAAGCUCUUCGUCGCCCGCGCUACAGAGCUCCUGAUCCAGCCCUCGGCGGAGGUGUGGGAAGGGGCGGCCGUCACCCUGACCUGCCUGGGGGCUCAGGGGGCGGCGGAGGAGACCCUCUACACCUGGUACAGGAACAGCAAGCGGCUGCGGGAGAGCUCGGUGCCCACCCUGCGCUUCCCCUCCGUCCGCGGCGAGGAUGCAGGCGCUUUCCAGUGCAGGGUCCAGAGCAGCAACGGCAGCGACACCUCGGCGGCCGUCCCGCUCCGCGUGCUCUUCCCACCGAGGCAACCGGUGAUGAGCUCCUUCCUGGAGACCCAGGGCGGGCACCUGGGCAUCAUCCAGUGCACCGUUGAGAGUGACCCAGAGGCCAACCUGACCCUGUGGAGAGGAGAAGAAGUAAUAGCCUGCACGUGGGGCUGCCCCCCAGCCCCCAGCCCCAGGCUCCGCGCCACCUUGUCGUACAACAGCCUGAAGGUGGAGGUGCGGGAGGUGGUGCUGGAGGACGAGGGCACCUACGUGUGCCGCGCUGACAACACGCAGGGCAGCGCCAGCGCGACCGUGGACUUCAGGGCUGAGACUGCCAGCAUCGCAGUGGCUCCGUCCUCCCACGUGCUGGAAGGUGACGCCGCCAACCUGACCUGCCACCUGAGCAGCGACUCCCCGGCUCUGCCCAACUUCACCUGGUACCGAAACGGGCAGCAGCUCGCCGAGGGCUCGGCCGCCUCCCUGGUGUUUCGGCAAGUGGCCAGCACGGACGCGGGUCUCUACCGCUGCAGAGCCACCGCCGACGGCAGCAGCCGGAGCUCCCCCGCCGUCUCCCUGGAUGUGCUGUACCCCCCGCGGGACCCCCAGCUGACGGCGUUCCUGGAGACGGAGAGAGGCAGCCUGGCCAUCUUCCAGUGCUCGGUGGCGAGCAACCCUCCCGCCCGGCUGGCCCUGCACCGGGGCGAGGAGCUGGUGGCUGCCGACGAUGCGGGGGGCAGCCCCAGCCCGCGGGUGGGCGUCUCGGCCGCCCCCAACGCCCUCAGGGUGGAGAUCCGGGAGGUGACGCCGGCAGACGAAGGCAGCUACCGCUGCACCGCCACCAACACGCACGGCACCGCGUCCCGCCGCCUGUACUUCCGCGUGCAGACUGCCCGAGUCCUCGUCUCGCCGUCCACGGAGGUGCGGGAAGGAGACGACGUCUCCCUGACGUGCCAAGCGGUGGGAGAGCCGCAGGAUGACACCGUCUACGCCUGGUACAAGAACAGCGAACGGCUCCAGGAGGGCCCCGACAACCUCCUCGCGCUGCCCCACAUCAUCAGUGCCGCCGCCGGCUCCUACCACUGCCGAGCCCGCAGCCCCUCACAGACCAGCGUCUCCCCGGCCGUCGCCCUGCACGUCUCCUUGAGGAGAAAUGCUAUCUGUCUGGGGUGGAGGGCAAAAUCCUGGAAAGAGGAAGUCUGGCUUCGGCUUUGCUGCACGUGCGUGCUGCUGCCGCCCCGGUGCGGGCUGAGCGCUGCCAGGAGCCGCCGCAGACGCCUCGGGGAUCCUCCGCGGGCGCCGGUGCUGACCUCCUUCCUGGAGACCCCCGAGGGGCAGCGGGGGGUCCUGCAGUGCACGGUGGACAGCAGCCCGCGGGCAGAGCUGGCUCUCUUCAAGGACGGGGCGCUGGUGGCCUCCACGGCGCUGCCCCAGCCCGUCGCCCCGCCGCGGCUCAGCGUCUCCUCGGCCUUCAACACGCUGCGGGUCAGCGUCCGCCCCGUGCUGCUGGAGGACGAGGGGGAGUACGUGUGCUCCGCCAGCAACGCCUACGGCAACGCCAGCACCGCGGCCAACUUCACGGCAGGCACUGCCAGGGUCUGGAUCUCCCCCUCCCCGGAUGUCCGGGAAGGUGACGCCGUCAACCUGACCUGUGCGGUCGCGACCGGCGGCGGUGAAGCGCUGAGCUACACCUGGUACAAGAACAAGGUCUGGUUCAGCAGCGGCUCGGCCCCGUCCCUCGCCUUCCCCAGCGUCGCUGCCGCCGACGCCGCCUCCUACCACUGCACGGUGCAGACCCCGGCGCGGACCCGCAGCUCUGCCCCCACCACCCUCAACGUGCUCUACCCCCCAAGGAACCUGCAGAUGAAGGCCUUCACGGAGAGCGGCGAGGGGACGGCAGUCAUCCUCUUCUGCGCUGUGGAGAGCAACCCCCUGUCCGAGAUCACCCUGCUGAAGGGGGGGCAGCCGGUGGCCUCCAGCCCCCCCCCGGGAGGUGACCACCGUGGGCAGAGCGGCCGCAUCUCCCCCGCUCCCAACGCGCUGAGGCUGGAGCUCCGGGAGGCCUCCGAGGAGGACGAGGGCGAGUACGAGUGCCGGGCACGCAGCCCCCUCGGCAGCGCCCGCGCAUCCCUGCCCCUCCGUGUGCAGGCCGUCAGGGUGCUGGUGCGACCCUCCGCCGAGGUGCCCGAGGGGACCGACGUGACCCUGACCUGCCGGGACGCGGGUGCCCGCCCGGGCUCGGGCUACACCUGGUACAAGAACGGGCGGUGGCUGGCGGAGCGGCCCCACGCCGCCCUCCCCCUGCCCGGGGCCCGGCGCACGGACGCGGGGGUCUACUCCUGCCAGGCGGGGGGGGGGCAGCGGGGCCGCCGGGCCCCCCCCACCGCCCUGCGGGUGCUCUACGCACCCCAGGAACCGUCCUUCACCGCCCUGGUGGAGCCCCACGGGGGGCGGCAGGCCGUGCUGCUCUGCACCGUGGACAGCUUCCCACCCGCUGACAUCGCCCUGCACCGGGGGCCCGGCCGGGCGCCCCUGGCCUCCACGCGGGGCUCGGCUGACCCACGCUUCGCCGUCCAGGCGGCCCCCAACUCCCUGCGGGUGGGACUGGAGGGGCUGGAGCCGCGGGACAUGGGGCUCUACGUCUGCUCGGCCAACAACAGCCGCGGCACCGCGUCCUCAUCCUUGCGCCUGGACGUGGGAGGGGUCACAGUCACGGUUGAGCCCUCGCCAGAAGUCCUCGAAGGCACCGCAGCCACCAUGACCUGCUCCGGCGUCCCCUGGGUGGGGGAAGAGGCCAACUACACCUGGUACAAGAACAGCCGGUGGCUGCAGGAGGGACCGGCCGGCUCCCUCGUCCUCGCCCGCGUCUCCAGCGCCGACACCGGCUUCUACCACUGCCGGGCGAGCGGGAUGCGGGGCAGCGCCGCCUCGGCCCCGCUCAGCUUCAGCGUGCUCUACCCCCCCCGGGACGUAUCCGUCAGCACCUUCCUGGAGAACCGCAACGGGCGGGUGGGCAUUGUGUUGUGCAUGGCUGACAGCCACCCGGCUUCCACCAUCGCCCUGUACCACCGCGGCCGGCUCCUGGCCUCCAGCCUGGCCCCGGCCACAGCACCGGGGGUCCGCGCCUCCCCCUCCCACAACACCCUCCGGGUGGAGCUCGGGGCCGUGGGGCCGGAGGAGUCCGGGGAAUACACCUGCGUGGCCAACAACCCCCUGGGCAACGCCACGGCCGGUGCCUACUUCGAUGUGCGCACUCUCACCCACCUCCUGGCCUUCACCAUCGUGGCCGGGCUGCUGACGGCCGUGGUCUGCGUGGCCGCCCUGGCCCUCCUGGCUGUGAAGCUGCGGCCCAGGAUGAGGAAGUUUUGGGGCUGGUCCGGUGCUGAGGACACCUUGGAGCUGAGGACCAAGCAGGAGCAGGAGCAGGAGCAGGUGGAUGGAGCUUCUUAAGCCGGUGGCUCUUUAAAGCCCAGGAGCAACUGCAGCAGCUGGAAGCGCACAGCCCCGGCCUGGCAGGACCCAGGCAGCCCACCCCAUCCCUCCCCAUCGCCGGGGGGCAGAGCCGAGCUGGCAGCCACCACCCUGGGGAUAACUGUGCUGUCUCCAUCCCCUCCCAGACCCCUCCGCCCCUCUCCUCCCUGCUCUGGAUGUUGUUCUCACGCCGGGCACGGCCUGUGCUUGCCACCGCGUGUGGUGUGCCGUGUGUGCCAGGCACCGGCAAGCUCUUUAGCAGCAAAACCCCAGGAAAAAAAAAAAAAAAAUCUCCUGGUGGCAGUGCAAGCCUGGGGGCAGCCACUCCAUCACCACUGUCCUGUCCCCCUACCAAAGCCACCACCCCAGGGUGCUGCCCACCGCGACCCCCGCGUGCCAGGGUCUCCCUGUGUGCUAUUCCUCUGGGAAUAAAACCCGGCGCAGCGUGCAGCCCGGUGUCUGUUGGGAUGAGCUGG